AUGAACAAUCAAGAGUUUUUCCGUCUUUUCAAAGACUCAAGACUUGCUCAAGUGGCCAAACCUUUACUGAAAUCAUUAAGAGGUAAUACUUCAGGUCCUUCUCAUCAAAUCAUUUAUACUCCUAAAAAUAGUGCUAGUAGAUCUAACUAUGGGAUUAAAUCUUCAUUACCUAAACAAUUUGGUACUUCUCAUAUAAUUUUCAAUAAUAUCGAUAAUAAAGCCGGGAUCCCUGAUAUUGAAAAGUCCUCAGGUAAUUAUUAUCAACGUCUCAGAUUCCAAGAAUUAGGAAUACCUGUUAAUACUGAAACUUCAGAAAAUCCUUUAUUCCCUAAUAAAUCAAAUAGAACAGUGAAAUCCGUCAAACCAAGUAAUGAAAAAAUCGAAUUAUUAAGUUAUGCUUUCAAUGUUAAACCUCAUGCAUCAAUCAAAGAUAUCAAGAAGAUUUUAAGUAAGAAUCCUCAACUUUAUAAGGAAUUCAAACAAUUUUUGAUUAAGAAAUACCCAAAUAUUGUCCUUUCAAAUUCAACUUUCAAUAUCAAACAAAAAGUUCAUGAAUUCUUAUCAUCUUCAAAUGUCAAAAAAGCUAAUCACCAAUUUUUGAAUGAUAAAUCUGAAAGAAUUGAAGGUACUGGAGGGUUCUCAUAUUUAUUAAAAGGAAGAGUAUCUAAUACUCCUAAUGGAUUUAAGAAUGGUACUAUCGCUCAUGGUAGAACUGUUGAUUUGAAAGAAGCUGCUAUUGGUGGUUUCAUUGCCAAUGUUACUUCUCAACAUGGUUUACAAAGAAAUUUUACCAUGAAUUAUCCUGGUAAACAUCAAAGACAAUUCGUUGUACCUUUCAAAAUUAAUAGUGCUGAAAUUGGUGAUAACGGUAAAGUUAAAAUUGAUGCUCAAACCAUAUUAGCCAGUAAAUUCGCUAAUAAUGAAAAUGAUGAUUUAUCAACUUAUGAUGCUGAUUAUUCAGCUGCUUCAAAAAACAGAGCUAAAGACUUGCAACAAUUUUCAAGUUUAUUGAGUAUCAUUCAAGAUCCUGAAGAAGCUAAGAAAGAUAAAUAA